GCUCCAUGUCUUCUAUAUUAGUGCACUACCUUGCCUUAUAUGUGGCAAAGGCUUUUACUACCUACCUAGCGUACUACCUAUAUACAAACAUAUCUAUUUGGGAAUGAGCCUCUGUUCUAGCUCAGAGCUCUGCAUCCUGAAUCUCUCAGCAUCCUCUCCAGUUCAACUCGUUUCCAUUGUAUUUAUUUUAAAUAUAGAUGUUGUGUAUAAAUAUAUUUAUGUUGUUAGAUUAUAUAAUGUUAUGACAAAUGGUGUUCCAUGCUUAAAUACAGUAAGUGGCACAAGUGAUUCGGCCAGGCCAGGCUGGAAGUGAGCGUCUCCUCAUGGGCAGCGUGUUGGCCUUAUCGUCUCGCCCCGAGCGCCAGAAUUCCCCUUUCCCACAGGACCGACCGCUGUCGAGGUGGGACAAGAGGGAUGGAAGACUUCCAAACCCGGGCAGCUUUGACGGCCUUCAUCGCAGCUGCAAAGACGUUUUUCCACAGCAGGUCGAAGGAGUGAAAAUGGUCAUAAACAAAACCCUAAGCAGCUUUUUCAAGGUCAGCCACACAUUUCACAUCAGCGCUGUGGCGCCGUCGACGUACCGCUUCCAUGUCGAGCACCUACAGUCAGAUACAGACAGCAAAGACACGGGCUCGCCCAUGCUCAUCGGAGAAAUGGACUCCUCCGGCAGCUUGAACGCGCAUUCGUUAUUCCACCUGAGCGAGCGGAUAAGAGCCAAAGCAGUAUUUCAGACCGUGCAGUCUCAGUUUGUCACGUGGCAGUUCGAGACCGAGUACAGAGGCGCCGACUUCACAGCCGCCGUCACUAUGGCCAACCCGGACAUCUUCAGAGAGUCUGUUAUCAUGGUGGCGCACUUCCUCCAGAGUGUCUCUCCACAGCUGGUUCUUGGAGGAGAGUUGGUUUACCACCGAGGGCGAGCUGAAGAAGGUGGCAUCCUCACCCUCGCUGGACAAUACUCAGGUCGUAAUUGGGUUGCCACGUUAAAUGCUGGCAAAGGAGGUGCCCAUGCCAGCUAUUAUCACAGAGCAAACAAACAGAUUCAGGUCGGAGUGGAGUUUGAGGCUAGCACCAGAACUCAGGAGACCAAGUUCUCUUUUGGCUACCAGAUGGAUUUACCAAGAGCCAACAUGACCUUCAGGGGUAUGCUGGACAGCCGGUGUAUCAUCGGAGGUGUUCUGGAGAAGCGCCUGUGUCCUCUUCCGGCUACACUAAUCAUGGGGGCCUUCGUCAACCACCGAGGAGACAAGCUGCAAGUCGGCCUCGGAGUGAACGUCGGCUAGAUCUCAGGUCGAAACGGGAAGGUUCCGGAAAACGUCCUCAGGUCUGUCCGAACGAACUGCUUCGCAGCCAGACGAGCCCGGACAUUAGGCUGCAUCUGAUGUUUAAAGCAUUAUAUCGAUGAUAAGCAGGGACGAGAAUAAUGUCCAACACUUCAUUGUUGGUGCUGUCCUUCCUCACACUAUGACAUGUCUGUCUAACAUCUCAGAAGACCUCGUUUGAUCCUAGGAAUAUGCCCUCGCUGAUUGAAUAAGACACUGAUUCAUUCUGGAGGUUUUAGAGAAACAUGAAGAAGACAUAUGCAGUUUUAAACAUGCAGCGUUAUUAUUAUUAUUAUUAUUAUUAUUAUUUAUUUUUAUUUAUUAUUACUUAUGCAACUAGGUGUGUGCCAGAUUUUCAAUUUCAACGUCAUUGUUUAAAUGAGAGUAAAAUACUAGUGUUUGCAAAUUCAGCGUUGGUUAUUUUACUAGAACCGCAGAACCGUUGUGUUUAUCUUUACACAUGCUGUUAUUGUACGACAAAUUCUUGAAGCCUUAUCAAAACCAGCUCUACAAGCAAAGCAAAUUAAACCACUCUACAGUAUAUUUAGAUAGCAUAAGCUGAACAUUGCAAUACACUGUAUAGUGCAAACAGUUUUUGGCACGGGCCCAGAUUGUACAUUUGCACAUGUUGUUGUUUUUGUGUCUCCUUCUUUUAUUAUGCAUCAUUUCAAAUGUACUAGAAUGCAUAAGAUUAAUGCAAUUAAGCGAUGAAAAGUAUAAAAUAUGUUUAGGCUGGUAAGCUGUAAUGCCUUUGAGAAAUAGUUAUAUAUUUAUUAUACUGUGUACAGGCCAUUCCUACGGAAGCGUAUUGCAUUUACAAAAGAAAAAAAUGAUUUCAACUCUGCGAGGAUCCAGAAUUUUAAGCAGGUGCCAGAUAGUUCUCUAGAUGCCUUUAAAAUGCAUAAUUUUUUUGUACCCAUGAAGCAUUCCAUAUUGUUUUGUUACGUGGGGCGGUAUGGAAAGCCGCACCACGAGAUGUUAUAAUGUGUAUAAGGGCCCUAACGCAGGGCUUUAGAGGAGGGCAAUGAAAUACUGUAGGAGUUGUGAGAGUGCUUAGGAUACGCUCUCGAAGACCAUUUGGAAAUAGCGGGGAUUAUUAAUUAGGACCCUAAAAGGAAACAAAAUUUAACUGAAAACACAAAAUGACCAGAGCUCUGUCAUCUAUGCGAGAACGGACGGGGCUCGGGAAACUAAAAAUAACUCAAAUAAUUAUGAGAUAAUUUCUGUGAUUUUCUUUUCUUUUGUGAAUGCCAUGUGCUUCCGUACAUUCCAGAAAUAUUGGCAUCCUUAUACAAAACAAUGUACAACCAACAUUCCCUUUACUACAAAUAAAAAUAAUUAAUAUACAGUCAAAUGCUGACACCACUAAAGCAUAUCUAUUCAUGCAAAUUAUUUAUCCAUUCAAAACUAAAUGUAUGUUCUUCCUGCUCCCUUUGACUUAACUUUGGCGAAGUUGCAUGCAUGAAUUAAUCUCUUUGUCUUCCAUCAACACUAGGAAAAAACAAAUCAGUAGGAAAAUUCGGACGCAUGAGCAUCCCGAGGAGGACAGGCAAGAAGACAAAAGACCAAAGUUUCAGAGCUGCCCAUUUUACAAGAUACUCGGGGUUAUGAAAUUUCAAAAUCAUUUAUCAGAUAAGCUGUUUGGAAGGUUUGCAUGAAAAGAAGUGACCCACACAUUGCACCGUGGUUGGAACUAUGGGUUUGUGGGGACAUGAACACCAUCGCAGGAGAAUCGAACAUCCUCUAGACAGUAUUAUGCUGUAAAAUGUUCAGCUCAGUCUCAGGUCUAUCAGUUGCCUCUGCCUGGAGGUCAAAUCUUGACCGACAUCAUUAAAAUUGUGUACAGGAGCACAAAAUCAUUUGCAACGACCAUCUCUUACUGGAUUUCUGGAUUCGAGCUUUGAAGAGGGAUGUCUAAAUCUUAGAAACCUAAGAAUCUUAAAACGCUUCAUAAGAAUCAGGUUUAGAGUUGAUUUUUUUUUCAAAGACAGACUUCAGGGAUUUGGUUGUGGGGUGUCUGUGGAAAAGUAGAAAAAUUAUUUAUUUUUUAAAAACGAAAACAAAAAACGUUUGGACAAAUAAAACUAUGCAGCAUCUGUAUACAGUAGGUUUAACUUGAGAACAUUGUAUUUAAUUUGAUCGAGGGUGCCAAUAAUUUUGGAGUCGACCCUGUGAAGUUUGUUUUGUUUGAUCUAUCUUCGAAUUGUAUUACUUUUAACAUGAAAAAACAGGAUGUAUUAUGUUAUACUACAGUGAUC